AUGGCAUAUCUAUUCCGAUCCGAGGUCAAUGGCAUGAGCAGCGCAACCAAAGAGCCAGUCUUUGAUAUCCCCGCGCAGUGCAAGGCCGGGGUGGUGGUCAACGAGGGUCCCGACUUUCACAUCGAGGUCCAGAUGGUUCCCAUCCCUGAACCUGGCCCGGAUGAACUGCUUAUCAAGCUCAACGCGACGGGAAUAUGCUUCUCAGAUCUCCAUUUCGCCAUGGGCGACCUGGGGACGCCUCCUAUGUCGUCUUUCGGCGUGCGCUCACCUGGCCACGAAGGCGCUGGUGUUGUUGUCAAGGUAGGCUCCAACGUGCAUAACUGGAAGGUCGGCGAUCGGGCAGGCAUGAAGCCGCGAUGGUCGGUCUGUGGAGAGUGUGAUUUAUGUCUAGAUGACAAGGAGACGUAUUGUCGUAAAUCAGUGCUGUUGGGUCUUCAUAAAUCUGGGUAUGUGUCACAAUACGUAACCUCGCCGGCGCACUAUACACAGAGAAUUCCCGACGGUGUUGACGACUAUUCAGCCGCCCCGAUCAUGUGCUCGGGCGGAACGAUCUAUCGAGCCUUAAGACUGGCCAAUCUCAAAAUCAACAAUUGGGCAGUGUUUCCUGGCGGAGGCGGCGGGGUCGGAAUCCAAGGCGUUCAACUGGCAGCGGCAAUGGGAUUGAGGACUGUUGUGGUCGACACGGGUGCUGAAAAGGAAAAGUUCGCCCUCUCUCGAGGAGCAAAGGUCUUUAUCGACUUUAAGCAGGUCCAGGAUCCCGUGGCAGAAGUAAUCAAGGUCACCGAUGGGGUAGGCGCUCACGGUGUCUUUGUCACGGCCGGCUCGUCGUACCCUAUGGCCAUAUCAUACACAGGCACUCGGGUGGGUGCGACAGUUAUGUGCAUCGGGCUGCCGCAUAAAUCAGAUGUCACUAUUACCGCUCCCCCGGCCAAAUUCAUUACCCAGGGCCUUGCCGUACGAGGGUCGGUGGUUGGCAGCAGGGCUGACAUUGCCAUGGCGCUCCAAUGUGCUGCGGCCGGUAAAUUGUCUGGUGACCAUACAAUAUAUCCUAUUGACAAGCUACCUGAGGCAGUGGAGAAGAUCAGACGAGGAGAGGCUAUCGGACGAGGGGUAGUUGACUUCAACCUAUAG